AUGGUCACCGUUCACCUUAGAGCCGAAACCAAGCCUUUAGAGGCAAGAGCCGCCUUGACCCCCACAACCACCAAGCAAUUGUUGGAUGCUGGAUUCACCGUCUAUGUUGAAGACAGUCCUCAGUCGAUCUUUGAGGCUAAGGAAUACGCUGAUGUUGGUGCUACCAUCGUUCCUGCUGGUUCCUGGAAGGAGGCACCAAAGGACCGUCUUAUACUCGGAUUGAAGGAGUUGCCUGAAAACGAGACCUUCCCAUUGGUCCACGAGCACAUCCAAUUUGCCCACUGCUACAAGGACCAAGGCGGUUGGAAGGAUGUCUUGAAGCGUUUCCCUGCUGGCAAGGGAACUUUGUAUGACUUGGAGUUUUUGGAGAACGAUGAAGGCAGAAGAGUUGCUGCUUUUGGUUUCUACGCUGGUUUCGCUGGUGCUGCCAUUGGGGUCUUGGACUGGGCUUUCAAGCAGACCCACCCAGACUCUGAAAACUUGCCCGCUGUGACUCCAUACCCCAACGAAGCCGAAAUGGUCAAGCAUGUGAAGAGCGAAUUGGACGCUGCUGUGCAAAAGAAUGGCGGUAAGCUCCCGAGCGCCUUGGUCAUUGGUGCUCUUGGCAGAUGUGGCUCUGGUGCUCUUGAUCUUUUUAGAAAGGUGGGCAUUCCAGAGGACCAGUUGCUGAAGUGGGACAUGGCCGAGACCGCUAAGGGUGGCCCAUUCCAGGAGAUUGCUGACGCUGACAUCUUCGUCAACUGCAUCUACUUGUCCAAGCCAAUUCCUCCUUUCAUCAACUACGAAUUGUUGAACAAGGACGACAGAAAGUUGAGAUCCAUUGUUGAUGUUUCUGCCGACACGACGAAUCCACACAACCCUAUCCCAGUCUACACGAUCGCCACGGUUUUCAACGACCCUACUGUUCCAGUCGAAACCUCUGCUGGUCCUAAGUUGUCUGUCUGCUCCAUUGACCACUUGCCUAGUUUAUUGCCAAGAGAAGCCUCUGAGCAGUUUUCCAAGGACUUGAUGCCCUCUUUGUUGCAGUUGCCUCAGAGAGACUCUGCUCCAGUGUGGACGAGAGCCAAGGCUUUGUUCGACCACCACGUUGCCAGAUUGGAUUAG